ACAUUGUUGGAAUGACAAUAUGGAUUAGAAUUUUUAUUUCCAACCUAAUUAGUGCUCGUUCUUUGAUUUUGAUCUUAUGUUAAAAUUUGCGUUAAAAAUUAAAAUAAUUGAAUCAACAAUGAGAGAGAGACAGAGAGAGAAACAGAGAGCACUUAGUAAAAUUGUAAUGUCGCAUUAAAUAAUCAAUUAAUUAUAUAAUAAUUACAAAGAUUUAUUGAAUUUGAGUAUUGUUAAAUUGAAAUACCAGUAAUCAAAUCAUGCUUUUAGCAUCAAGGCACAUGUUCUUAAAUAAAUUAGAAUUUAAUUAAAAUACAUGAUUGGUGACAAGUCUCAAAAAGAUACAUUUAUCCAUGUAUCAUAUCACUGUAAACUAUGUCCACUAAGAAGUGAGUCACUUCACAAGUGAAAUAACAAAAUCGCAAUUUCAAGGAGGCACCUGACCGAAUCGAUACUGAAGCGUCCGUGAUCUUCGCACAACCUCGUCGCAGUCAAAACAACCCUGAACGUGCUAGUGAGAACCACACUCCUCUCCACCACCCUCAGACUUUACUCCGUCUCACUCUCUCUCUCUCUCUUUCUACCUCUCUCUUUCUUGCUCUUCCCUACCCCUCUCACCGGUGUGCUCUUACUGGUUACUUCGCACGGUUUGAGCUGGCCCGAUUGUCAGUCGGUUCCCGACUCUGAUAGUGCAAGGAGCAAAGUAUAGCUGUACUACACGGUCUCUCAUAUCGCAAGAUUAUAUGAGAACGCACUAUAGUGCUCAUCUACCUUUCAAUUAAUCGAAUCAAUCUGAUUACGAUCUAAUUCUCCUGCUGAGAUAGUCCUUUAAGCUUAAAAUAAAUUUCUCUAAUCAACAAUGAGCGCUGUCUAAAAGUCUUGAGCGUGAGCUAGCGUCGCGAGGUCGAAGGGGUUGUUCUGAAAUUUGAAACGAGCGAGAGAACGGGAGAGGAAGAGGAAGAAGAAUCGGGCGAGAAGAAGAGGAGGUGUCAGUCGCUGUUACUUCGUCGAUCGUGCCCGGCACGUGCGCGUACCCGGCCCCUCGUGCCUUCGGAAGAAGAAGGGUGGAAGCAUCGGCGGAAGAAGCGAAGAAGGAGAGAAGAAGAAAAGGAAGCGGUCGAAGCGAAAAGUGACGGCAGUUCGCUCCGAACCGUCAAGCGGGACGCUGAGGAAGAGAGCGAAAUCGGUGCACGCGCAUUCAGAUGCGUGCCGCACCACGUGACUCUCACGGGAUACCUUCAACCCCUAUUUAAAUACUGUCGGGUCACCAUCGGAUCGUCGUCGCGCGGUACUUAAAAAAUACAACUCUCCGUGAAAUUUCAUGUCGUAUCAAUCGUAUGAAUGGAUCAAUAGAAGACCACAGUGCUGUUGUGAUUCUCUGACGAGACUAAGAUGAUCCGCGUAAGGAUAGAUUCGCGUUAUUGCACGCGCAUGGAUUGAGGGUGAUCGAUAUGAACUGCGAUGAUCGCGUGUGAAUGAAGAUACGAAGAUUUGUCACGUGAAGCUGUACUAUUACCAUACGAGGGGGUAUCAAGAUGAAGACGGCGUUUCAGAUUAUGCCGUAUUUAGCGGCGUUGAUCCUGACAAUACUUGCCGAGGAGAAACCGACGAAUACAGUCUCCGUUUCCUCGGUUUCCUUGGGUUCGCCGACGGAGUACCAAAGCAAUACGAUAAGGAAGGUGAUGAGCUACUUGGGGAAGUACGGGCUAGACGAUCAGAGGGCCUUGAAGAGAGUGUAUCUAAGCAACAGGUCGAUCACUUGUAACGAUGGAUCGCAGGCCGGUUUCUACCUACGAAAGUCCCACGGUUCCAGGCGGUGGAUCAUAUACCUGGAGGGCGGCUGGUACUGCUACGACCACAAGAGCUGUAGGACCAGGUGGAUGCGGAUGCGGCAUCUGAUGACGUCAACUCAAUGGCCCGAGACACGCGACGUGGGCGGGAUGCUCUCGCCGAAUCCCGAUGAGAAUCCAUUCUUUUGGGGCACGAAUCACGUUUUCGUUCCUUAUUGCACGAGCGACAGCUGGAGCGGCACUAGGGCCUUCAGGUCGCCGAAUGACAUGUUCUCCUUCAUGGGGGCAGAGAUCGUGGUCCAGGUCAUCCGGGAUUUGGUUCCCCUUGGCCUCGAAAACGCGAGCGCCUUUCUUUUGGCUGGUAGCAGCGCGGGCGGCACUGGCGUCAUGCUAAAUCUGAAUCGCGUUCACAAUCUGAUACAUCACGAAUUGGGCUUGAGACACGUUGCUAUACGCGGUGUGUCGGAUUCCGGAUGGUUCCUCGAUAGAGCGCCUUACUCUCCGAACGGCUUGUCACCGGUCGAUGCAGUACAAAAAGGAAUGGAGUUAUGGAACUCUCGGAUGCCUCGUAAUUGCGUAGUUAGAUAUCCUAACGAGCCAUGGAAAUGCUUUUUUGGAUACCGACUUUAUCCAACUUUGUCCGCACCGUUGUUCGUCUUCCAAUGGAUAUUCGAUGAGGCCCAAAUGAAAGCGUACAAUGUCGCUGCACCAGUGACAAGACAGCAAUGGGACUACAUACAUAAGAUGGGUGACAGUCUGCGGCAGACGUUUGAAAAUGUUACUGCGGUCUUUGCCCCGAGCUGCAUUAGUCACAGCGUCCUGACGAAAAGAGAUUGGAAGAUGAUCAAAAUAGAUGAGGUUUCUUUUGCGCAGGCAUUGUUUUGUUGGGAUCAAAUGCCGAUCGGAAAUUAUCGUAACAACGAACACAACAAUACUCACUCGCAAAUCGAGACCACUCAACCGUGCGGGAAGUCGUUGAAAAAGCUAUUGCGUUCUGGUAUCAGAAAGGGAAAUGGUACCACGAUCGAAGGCGGAAAAAGCAGAGUUGGAUCUUCUACGGAAACGCAAAAAGCUCGAUUGUCUGCCGUUGGUAAAAUGCAGGAGAGAAAGCCGGUCUCCGACUCGGUUCAAGAGCGGGAGAAUAAGAAGAGGCGAAAGAGGAAACAUAAAAGCAGAAGGAGAGAGAGGAAGGAAAGAGAGAGAAGUAAAGAAGAGAGGCUGAAGAAAGAGAAACACCAGCGAAGAAAGAACGCUGGUCGUCGUAAAGGCGGCAAACUAGUAAAUGGUAACAACCAUACGGCUAUAUUUAACGGCAUCAGGCCGCAGCGAUCGGUAAUACCGUCAUUCAAACGGAAGUGCGUCAAGAACUGCCAUUUCCGUAUGAUCGAGCGCUGCACUUGGCCGCAAUGUAACCAUAGCUGCCCCAAGCUACAUAAUCCUUUUACGGGCGAGGAAAUGGACUUUAUCGAACUGCUCAAGAGCUUUGGUCUAGACAUGAAAAGUGUCGCGAAUGCCCUUGGCAUCGAUAUACAUACGUUGAAUAGACUCGCUUCGCCAAAAAGAUGAGAAAGCUGAGAGAAUGGAAAUUUCGAUUGGCAUUUUCGCCGACGGACAGGGGGAAAACAAGAGUUCUGGCGUGUAGAAAGUGUAUAUUUCAUUGUAAUUGUACGACUACACGAAUAUCUUAAUUUAUUAUAAUUUAUAUAUAAAAUAACCGAUCAUGUAAGUAUGUUUUACGAAUUAAUUCGUACGUUCAUGGCGCAGAGUUUGUCGUAAAAAAAAAAAAUUGGGUAAAAGGCAGAACCUUCUUAACUUCAUAUCUAUUUGAAUGCAAUUCUUUUUUAUUUCGGUCCUUCGAUCGUCUUUUGUUAAAAGAUCCUGUUUUUAAACACAUCACAAUAUAUCUUUGUAUACAUUACAUCACAAAUCAGUCACAAAUUCAGUUUGUCAUUUAGCUCAUUAUCAUUUAGAUCAGAAUUAGCGCAACUCAGUUACAUACACGAAAGACUGUAAGGAUCUUCCGGCAAAUAGGACUGAUUCUUUUAUGUAACGUCGGAACGGUAACUCAACAACAAAUUGACCGACCGACAAAGCAGCUUCAUAGACUGAUUAAAUUAUCUACCUCAACGAAUCAAAUCGUAUUAAAUGUCCUUCAUGUACUAUAAUUGUCAGCUUAGAACAUCACGAUAAGAGCGAUGUUACUGUAAGUUAAUGCGCGUAAAAUAUAUAUUGUAUCUAUGUCGUCAAUUCUGUAAUAUAAUUCUGCCAAGGUAAUGUUAUUUAUUUAAUAUAGCAUAGUAUCCGAUGAUUGCAGCGACACGUUUUUGUCGUGUGCACAUGAUGCAUAAUGUAUCGAUGGUAUCAAUGAAAAGUAUUGUAAUUAUAAAACUAUUGCUCCGAAAAGAUUAUUUAUCUAACAAUUUCUUCUUUAAAUCUCCGUUUAAAGAGACUACCCUACUUUUUCAUUGUUUAGUCAGACUAUCUGAUUCAUUGGUAAACGUUGUAUUUUUUAAAGGGUGUUUGAGCUCUAAGAAAUUAGAAAAAAUUCUAAUGUACUCUUCUAACAUUUAAGAAUACGAUUGUAUAAUUAUAUGAUCUAAAACGGUUUUUAUGACCGACUGCUGCCAACCAAAGAUUGGCAAAAACGAAGGGAGUAUGUGUUUCACCGAGGUGGAUUGGUUGUUACCAAAGAUCUUUGCAACUACAAUAUAUAUUCUUAUCAACUUUUGGCUACAGACUUCUUAUUAUUAGAUUUUUUUUAUCCAAAUCGGCAAAAUGAGAAAAAUCGUCUAGAUCAAUAUGACCUAAGUCUGCGAAGAUUAAAACUGUUUUAUUUAUCAGUUAUGAUAGAUAAAAUAUUAAAUAGAUACAGAUCUAGACAACAUUAAGUUUAAAAUUGGGUCAUAAGAUGUCUUUAACCAUUUUUGAUUUCUUCAAAAUGUCUUUUCUGAUUUGAAACUUUAUGUUGUCUGGAUUAUAUUGAUUAUUGAAAAAAUAAAAACAAUAUUUAUUUUUAUUCAAUAUUUAACUAAUAAUCAAAUAAUCGUAACUAAAUGCCUAAAUUAAUAUCCAAAAAUGUAGUUGCUUUGUAUUGAUGCCAUCGAAAUACUAACGUUAAAAAUUAAAUUUUCAGAUUUUAUUUGUCUUCGGUUUUAAAUUGUGACCCCGUCUAUGCGAAUGCGAUCAAAAUAAUCGAGAUUUCAUGGUUCAAAGCUUUUACUUGCAUCCAUGUAUACUGUAAUAUGUACUGUUAUCUUUUAAAAGAGCAUGACACUGUAAAUAAAUUGUAUAUCUGUUCUAU